CAAAGUCACCGUCCUGAACUGAAUACCAAAGGACAUUUCCCUCUGAAAGACAUCCUGACUCCAUCUGCUGGUGAAUAAAUGACAUAGCAGCAUUUCCUGAUGUUGAUCAUUCACCCUGUGACGGAGGUGAGAGAAAACGAAAGUGGAUUUAGACAUUGUUGAACAGCGCUGAGACGCCAUUACAGGGUGCGAGAUUUCUGCUCGGAGACACGUUUGGAGUAUAUUUGGGGAGAAGUGGAGAGACUGUAAGUUGCUCUGCGUCACGCGGCACAGGUGCCUUCUUUCUUCUCUGCAGGAGAAACGGUCAUGGCUUCGGGUUUCUGUGAGGAUUGCUCCAGACUUCUGGAAGAAUUCAACUUUCCAUCUAGGAAAGUCUGCAGAGAGUUUGAGCGGAAAAGAAAACCCAUCUUCAGGGAGCUGUGUGAGUGCACGUGCUUCAGUGUCUCACCUGAGAGCAGUUACCUGAGGAGGAAGAGGAAAGAGGAGUCUCUCUCUCUGAACGAUGAGGAACUUCAGCUCCAUGAAGAGGAAAGUCUUCAGACUCUGAGCCGACUCUCAGCUUCAGAGGACAUUGAGCUGCAGAAGACAGCGGCCAUGUUUUAUCUACAGCUCAGUCAUCACUUGAACUCUCCUCUCCCAGACGCAUUGUUGGAGCCGGUCAUGAACUUACUGCUAUCAUCUGACCUGGAUGUUCAGAAGACCAUCUCUCUGUCUUUAGUCAAUCUGUUAGUGAAGAACAACGUGUGCAGAGCCUCUGUGGUUGAGAUGGGGAUGCUGGUUCCGCUCCUGGAUCUGAUCCGGUCCGGAGACUCCAGCGCUCAGAGCCACUCCUGCGCCUGCGUCGUCCUCCUCGCCUCCUCAGAGUCGAACAGAGAGGCUGUAAUGUUGGAGGGAGUGAAGCCUCUGCUGGCUUUAGCCAAAUCCUACGACUCUCGAGAGCAGCAGGUGGCCUCCUGGGCUCUGCUGCACCUCACACACUCAGAUUGGUCCAGGAGGCUGCUGGGUGAUGCGGGGGGGGUCCCGGUUCUGGUUCUGCUGCUGCAGGGCUCAGACUCAGAGGUCCAGUUCUACAGCUGCUCCGCCCUCUGCAACAUCUCUUCUGCUCGGGAGCUCCACCGGAAGCUGCUGAGCAUCGGGAGUCACUUCCUGUUGAAGUCCCUGCUGACGCUCGCCUCCUCCUCCGUGCAAAAGAAGUCGAUGCAGGCGUGCAGAUGCCUUCAGACUCUCACAGAAUGGUACAUAUAUCUGAUCCAGGAGCAGCUGAUGGAGCUGGACUGUGUGUUGCCUCUGCAGUCCCUGCUGAAGACAUCCUCUGCUGAGUGGAGAGAGUCGGCCGUCACACUGCUCUCUGCGCUGACUUCACACACACGGAGAACACCCGUCCUGGUGAGCGAGGGUCUGCUGGAGGAAGUGGGUCAGCUGCUUCUUCAUCCCACAUGCAGCUCCGUCAUCAUCACACACAGCUGCAGGAUCAUCACUGACCUGAGCAGCUGCAGCGAGGGUCAGCAGGCUGUGAUGGAGGCUCGCUGUUUGUCAGGACUCCUCGGCGCUCUUCUGUCUCCGUCUCUGACUGAUGACACUUUAAUACAUCUGACGUCAUGCUUGCAAAAACCUCUUUCUUCUUCAGAUCCACUUCAGUCUGAGUUGUCGGUCAUGAUAACAUCAGAGCACGUUUCCAGACUUGUGAAGUUAUCGGGACGAUCACAAAACCCUCAGUUAUCGUACAACAGUGCGGCCGUCAUCGGCAGACUGGAAAUGACAGGAGAGACGCUCCAGCUGCUGAAGCCUCACUACGUCGCCAUGUUGGAGUACCUGUCGGUGCUUCUCCAAAAUAAAGAUUUAAAGUUCCAGCAGCUUGGCUUAGUGACGAUAUCCAACCUCAAGACAGAUGGAGACUUCUCCUCUCUGUUGUCUGGCGGCGAGGUGGAGGAUCAGCUCCGGACGGUUCAUGAUCAGACGGAGGAAACCAGACGGCUGCUGCAGACGAUCCAGCCUCUCGCUCCAUCUCCUGUUCACCCUUUACAGCCUCCACACCAGUGGUUGCGUUAGACUUUUUCGUUGUCCGUCAUUUUGACGGACAGGAUCGUAACAUUUCCGUCAUAAGCCAUUAUUACCCGUCAUUUUAUUUUUCAUGUUUUAAUGAUGAGAUGAGACAUAUUUAAUAUGUUUGGGUACUGAGCAGCAAAUGCUCAUUCAUUCAUGUUUUAAUGAUUCAUACAGAACUUCUAAGGGCAUGGAGAAACAAAAGAUGAACAGAGACACCGACCGUGUGGUCACUUUUCAUGUCAACACGAACAUGAAUGAUUUAUUUGUUCCUGCACUGACAGACAGCAGAGGGGGCAGAGGCCGCUAAAAACACCGCCACCAUUGUGCCUAAACAGGCAAAUACGAACAAUGCCAUCGUUUGAAAUGAGACAAUUACAAUCAGAAUAUGAACAAAACAUUUACAAGAACAACUCAAUUGACCUGCUGUAGCCUGAACGCUGAUUUCUGCAUCGCCGUGCACCCUCGGACAAAUCCGUUACUCAUCUUAGCUUCUCUACAGAUGUCGCAGAACAUUUUGCCAUCUUCCCUCCUCAGCCACUUAAACUCUUGCUCCCACUGAACCCGGUACUCCCGCUUCAACUCCUUGCCACUUGCUUGCCCCUCUGCCGCUGGCUGAACGCUGUCAGUUUGAGUCUUACUGGCUUGUCCUUCAUCCUCCACCGCAUCAAUCCCUCUUUUCACCUCGUUUAUCCAAACCAUCACAUUACUGGGCUUAUUAAAAAAGCUUCGGACGAUCAGCUGCCGUGACAUUUUGCGAUUGCUAAA